UUCAACAGAGACUGAAGCUUCAGAGAAACAGUGUGUUCAACAGAGACUGAAGCUUCAGAGAAACAGUGUGUUCAACAGAGACUGAAGCUUCAGAGAAACAGUGUGUUCAACAGAGACUGAAGCUUCAGAGAGAAACAGUGUGUUCAACAGGAAGUGGUGAUUUAGUAAACAUGAGUGUUGUGCUGCUCUCGUUGGUGAAGCAGCGACUCACUGCAGCUGCUGAAGACAUCUUUGUUCUGUUUGAAAGAACGAUAGCAGAGUACGAGGAGGAACUGUCUCGUUCAAAACAGGAGAACGAGAGACACCAGAAACUACUGGACGCUGUGUUACAGCCUCAGAUCCACAGAGCAGACGUCCAGCAGCUGGUGGUGGUUGAAGAAGAGGUUCCCCCUGAGCAGCAGGAGUGGAGCUCCAGUCUGGACCAGGAGGACCCAGAGCCCCCCCCAUACAUUAAAAAGGAACAGGAGGAACUCUGGAGCAGUCAGGAGGGAGAGCAGCUUCAAGUGCUGGAGGAGGCUGAUAUCACCAAGUCCACAUUCACUCCUGACCCUGUGAAGAGUGAAGAUGAUGAAGAGAAACCUCAGUCCUCUCAGCUUCAUCAAAGACAAACUGAACACAUGGAAACAGAAGCUGAUGGAGAGGACUGUGGAGGACCAGAACCAGCAAGGAACUCAGAUCCAGAGAGACAUUUACAACCAGAGACUGAGGACAACACUCAAGACUCUUCAGAGACUGAUGACAGUGAAGGCGAUGAUUUUUGGAAACAGAGCAGUGAAGGCCUGUCAGAUUUAAGCUCAUUGAAACAUGCAUUUUCCUACAGUGGUGAAACAUUUAACAGCAAUCACCAGGGAGAGGAAUUGUUUACGGAAGGUGGAAAUCGAAGCCAGCAUAUUCCGAACCAGGAGGACCCAGAGCGCCCCCCACACAUUAAAGAGGAAGAGGAGGAACUCUGGAUCAGUCAGGAGGGAGAGCAGCUUCCAGGGCUGGAGGAGGCUGAUAUCACCAAUUCCACAUUCACUCCUGUCCCUGUGAAGAGUGAAGAUGAUGAAGAGAAACCUCAGUCCUCUCAGCUUCAUCAAAGACAAACUGAACACCUGGAAACAGAAGCUGGUGGAGAGGACUGUGGAGGACCAGAACCAGCCAGGAACUCAGAUCCAGAGAGACAUUUACAACCAGAGACUGAGGACCACCCUGGAGACUCUUCUGAACCUGACACUGAAGACAGGGCUGAUUGGAAGGAGAACAGAGAACCAGGUUCAAACUCUCAGAGAAAUACACAAGACCCUGUCAGUGAUUUAAGACGUAGUGCUAGAGAGAAACCAUUCAGCUGCUCAGUCUGUAAGAAAUAUUUUACACAGAGAGGAAAUUUAAAGGGCCACAUGAGAAUCCACACAGGAGAGAAGCCAUUCAGCUGCUCAGUCUGUAAUAAAGCGUUUGCCCUGAAAUCACCUUUAAAACGACACAUGAGAAACCACACAGGAGAGAAACCAUACAGCUGCAGUGUUUGUGAAAAAAGAUUUACACAGAGCUAUCAGGUCAAAAGACAUAAGUGUGUUGGUCGUCAGUCCUCACAGCUUCGUCAAACUCAAACUGAGGAGAACAGAGAGGCAGAGCCUCCAGCUAGUAGCUCAGCUGAACACAUGGAAACAGAAGCUGAUGGAGAGGACUGUGGAGGACGAGAACCAGCCAGGAACUCAGAUCCAGAGAGACAUUUACAACCAGAGACUGAGGACAAACCUGGAGACUCUUCAGAGACUGAAAACAGUGAACACGAUGAUUUUUGGAAACAGCAGUGAAGGCCUGUCAGAUUUAAGCUCUUUGAAACAUGCAUUUUCCCACAGUGGUGAAACAUUUAACAGCAAUCACCAGGGAGAGGAAUUGUUUACGGAAGGUGGAAAUCAAAACCAACAUAUGCCGAAUCAGGAGGACCCAGAGCCCCCCCCCCACACAUUAAAGAGGAACAGGAGGAACUCUGGAGCAGUCAGGAGGGAGAGCAGCUUCAAGGGCUGGAGGAGGCUGAUAUCACCAAGUUCACAUUCACUCCUGUCCCUGUGAAGAGUGAAGAUGAUGAAGAGAAACCUCAGUCCUCUCAGCUUCAUCAAAGACAAACUGAACACCUGGAAACAGAAGCUGAUGGAGAGGACUGUGGAGGACCAGAACCAGCCAGGAACUCAGAUCCAGAGAGACAUGUACAACCAGAGACUGAGGACAACCCUGGAGACUCUUCUGAACCUGACACUGAAGACAGGGCUGAUUGGAAGAAGACCAGAGAACCAGGUUCAAACUCUCAGAGAAAUAAACAAGACCCUCUCAGUGAUUCAAGACGUAGUGCGGGAGAGAAACCAUUCAGCUGCUCAGUCUGUAAGAAAGCUUUUAUACACAGAGGAAAUGUAAAGAGCCACAUGAUAAUCCACACAGGAGAUCAACCAUUCAGCUGCAGUGUUUGUGAUGAAAGAUUCACCUGGAGUCAACAGGUCGAAGUCCAUAAGCGUGUUGGUCAUCAGUCCUCACAGCUUCAUCAAACUCAAAUUGAGGAGAACAGAGAGGCAGAGCCUCCAGCCAGCAGCUCGGCUGAACACAUGGAAACAGAUGCUGAUGGAGAGGACUGUGGAGGACCAGAACCAGCCAGGAACUCAGAUCCAGAGAGACAUUUACAACCAGAGACUGAGGACAACACUGGAGACUCUUCUGAACCUGACACUGAAGACUCUUCUGAACAGUGAUUAUUGUUGGGUUUAAACUCUUUGGGUAAUUCCCAGUAAGUGAUAUAUAAUGCGAUAACUCGACUGUUUGUGAUAAAAUAUGUUUGGUCCAAGUAAAGAGAGGACUGUGGAGGACCAGAACUGGCAACAUUUAUAAACAGAGACUGAGGAGGUUUCCAAAUUGGGUUAUAUAAUUAAAACUAAAGUUAAUAUAAUCAAAUAUAAUUUUGUAGAAUCCAAAAUGUAAAAUGCAUGAUAUGUCAUGAAGCUCUAUACCAGGGAUGCCCAACCAGUCUGUAGGAGCCAUGAUCAAUAUUGAUUGGUUGGCUUGGGUCACAUGGGUAUGGGUGGCACUCAUUAUACAAUACAAUACAACUUUAUUUAUAAAGCACUUUAAACCUCCAGACCAAAGUGCUAUACAGGCAAAUAGAUAAAACAAAGCUUACAAACAAAGUAACACAGCUCAGCUCACACACCAUAAAACAAGUACAAGUAAAAACAAAAAACAAUUUAAGUGCAAAAAAGCAACACUCUGAAAGAUGUUGACACGCCAAAUGUUAAAACGCUAAGGAGAAGAGGUGGGUUUUAAGAAGCGAUUUAAAAGCAGGCAGUGUGGAGGCCUGUCUGAUCUCCAGGGGCAGAGCGUUCCACAGUUUGGGAGCCGCUACAGAGAAGCAACGGUCCCCUCUGAGCUUUGACCUGGUUUUAGGCACAUUCAGGGGCCGUUGGUCCGCUGACCUGAGAGGGCGGUUCGGCGUGUAAUGCUGUAGCAGCUCAGCAAGGUAUGGUGGGGUCAUGCCAUUUAGGGAUUUAAAAGUAAAUAAAAUAAUUUUAAAAUGGUUCCUAAAAUAAAUUGGCAGCCAGUGGAGAGAAGCUAAAACAGGGGACAUGUGGUCAUACUUCCGUGUGCCAGUUAAGAGCCUUGCUGCAGCAUUUUGCACCCGCUGCAGUCGUGCGAGGGCGGACCCACUGACCCCCAUGUAGAGAGAGUUACAGUAGUCCAGCCGGUUGGUGACAAAGGCAUGGAUUACUGUCUCCAACUGCUGUCUGGAGAGAAAAGGAUUAUAAUCCUGUUCACCUGUGUGAGGUGUGGGUGUGUGGAAGAGAGGGUGAUACGGGGCCGUUGUACUUUUUUGUUGACCGCAAGAUUACAAUUGCUUUGAUUAUAACAGUGUAUAUGUCUGAGAACCGAGUUUUUUCAUUAAACUACCGUACUACGAAACAGAGCUUUUGAUCUCAGCAAGUACUUUUUUAGCGUGUCAUUCAACAGCAAACAGGCCCGGCCUCAGCCUCUCAGCGACUUAGUUUGUUUCCUGCUGUCGCUAUAUUUUGUCAACAAAAAAACAACAAGCACAAAAGGCGUAAGGCGAUCAUCAUCAAACAGCGCAUGGAUUAAGGAUCUAUUAGAUGAGAAUGGAGAUAUGGAAAUAAUUCACUGAGGUAAGCACUGGCUGUUAAUAGAGACUGCAGUUUGGAAGCCGCAUUCAACGCGGAUCACAGCCAGGUAAGCCUUACCGCUGAAUGUGCACGUAUUCACCGCUGUGUAUCUCCGUAUAACUCCGCUCUGUCGCAUGGAAGUCGCGCUGCUCUGUUGAUGUGGCCAUGUGGAAAUGUGAUGCUUUGAAGGAAUUGUCUUCCGAUCUUCGAGUGUGUUGCAAUCAAACCAAUGCACUGAGGAAGCUUGAAUAAUCUGACGGAGAAAAUGAGUCAAAUAAAUGUUGAUGUUGAAGGUGUUGAAAUGGACUAUGGGAAAAGAGAACGCACACUCACUGCGAAGGCAUUGGUGAAUAACAUCGAAAAACUUCAACGGGAACGUAAAACCAGUGUGAACAAAAUAAAAGCACUCAUACCAGAAAUAAAAGGACACAUGAGAGAAAGGGGAAAAGCCUCACGUGUGCAAACUCAUUUAGAUAAAUUAAUUCAACUGGGUGAAAAAGCCAUUAUUUCACAUGAAAUGUUGAUUCCUUUCCUCCCAGAGGAUGAGCUGAAGAAACAAGAGGAAUGGUUUGCCAGUAUCUUGGAAUACAGUGAAAGCUUUCAGAGGGACAUUAAAUAGUGGUUAAAGGAGCCACAAGAGGAUUCUGCCACAAUAACUGCUGCUGUGCCGGAUACUCCAACUACAGAUGACAUGCAAGAGGAUCCAAGUGACAGUGUGUCAAACGUGGAGAUCGGAAGAAGAGCAACCCGAUCACAAAAUUCUGCUUUGGGGAAAAAGUCUGCAACUUCUACUGCUUCGUCUGCAUGCCGUAAAACAGAGGCUGACUUGGCAGCUUUAAUGGCAAGAAAUAAACUAUUAAAGGACAAACAUGAACUGGAGGAAGAGGAGGAGCGAAUAAGGAGGAGAAAGGAGCAUCUUCAGAUGGAGGAGGAUAUUGCAGCACACAUUGCUAAAUUAGAUGUGUAUAUGUCUGAGAACCGAGUUUUUUCAUUAAACUACCAUACUACGAAACAGAG